GGAAGUGUCCACAGGCAGCAGGAAUCAAUGACAGUAGUAAUCAUAUCAACAUGAAGCUGUCCCGAGCUGAAUAUAAAGAGAUCGUAAGAUGGAUUGAUCAACUGAGACCAACCCGCCAACGUAUGAAGACACUGAAGGAAAGAUUCCCAAAUCACUCGCAGUCCACUCUUCUGAGCAUCUUCUCCCUGGAGUACCAGAAACGAACCAAAAGAACAUUCUCAAGACACCAUGCACCAGAAGUUAUUGAAAGCCACUACCAAAGGUAUCUGAGUGAAGCCAAGGCACAUCCUGCUGCUCCAGUCCUGCUCAAAUUGGCCAAUGAGGUGGAUCUGUCUCCUGCACUGAUGGCUCGCAUCAUCCUGGACAGGUUCCUUCAAGGCCUGGAGGGUGAAACGCCCUCUAAAACCGUCCUCAACAGCAUGCUUAAGGAGCCGUCGUUAAUUCCAGACCAAAUUUUGGCCAAAAACAUCUACCAGUGCACAAUAAAUGACUGCUGUUAUGGACCGCUGGUAGACUGCAUCAAACACGCUAUCGGCCAUGAGCAUGAAGUGCUGCUCUGUGACAAACUGAAGGAAAGAAACCUUUCCUUCCUAGAUGAAAACCAACUGAGAGUUAUGGGCUACGACAAAACACCUGAUAUCAUCCUGGAGGUUCCCAUUGCCGUGGAGGGACACAUCGUACACUGGAUUGAGAGCAAGGCCUCAUUCGGAGACGACCACAGUCAUCGCACCUAUCUCAACGAACAGUUCUGGAGCUACUGGAACAGGUUUGGUCCAGGUCUUGUGAUCUACUGGUAUGGUUUCAUAGGAGAGCUGGACUGCCAGAGAGACAGAGGUAUUCUGCUCAAAGACUGCUUCCCUACAGACAUUGUCACCCUGUGCCAUGCCACCCAGCAGGACCAACCGCCAACUGAGCCAGAAUAAAGACAAAGACAAAAAAAUAACUUGAGAUGGAAGGAAAAAGAGAGGCAAACAUGGAGGCGGGAAGGAUAGGAACAGGGGUGUAUACCCAGAUCCGGAAGUAAUUUGGCUUUCCUGCACAGUGAGACGACUGAAAAAACUUGCCCUGAACUCCACCUGACCCUCUGUCUCUGUCUGUCUCUCCCUUCCUCUCUUUCACUGCCCCAAAGCUACCACAUGUAAACACACACCACCUUGUUCUGUAUAUCUGACAGCACAGGGUCAGAUUCAUACCUGUGUGCAAAAACACUGUCUUGGACGCUUUCCUGGUUGUGGUCAGCUCCUGGCCCCUGGAUGGCCUCUUGCAACGGACAGCCAGGGUGAGAGCUAGGACCAAAGCAGGACAUUAGGCCCUUCCUUAUCACACCCAAAGCCCUGGCCUUUGUCACUCCUUCCUCCUCCACUCCAUAAGCAGAUAAGAGGGAGGCGGUCCGGGGGCUGGGUGGAAGCUUGUCUCUCACCUGCGUCACUCAGUGCCCUCUCAGUGCCUCUCCGGGGGGUAAACAGGAUCAUUUCUGAUUAAAGAUGGCCUCACUGUGACCUUUUUCACUUCACUUUAUAAAAUCUAUUGAGGAUUUCUAUUUUUGAACAGUGGGUUGAAGCAGGGGUUCACGUCGCAACUAAAUGUCAUCACACAAAAAUUGUCAACAUUUUGUAUCGGCUUCUUUUUUUAGAUUAUCUUAAUUAUCUAUAAUUAAUUUACUAUAAUUAGUCACAUUUUGGUUACAAUUUUUGCACACAGCUGCCACUUAAGUGACAAUGUUACACAACAGAUGUUUCCGUUUUUCUCCUCAGCUGGUUUGCCUUGUGUUGGAUGUAGGCAUAGUUAAAUAACACUCUUAUUUUAAAUCAUACUUGUGAUUUAAUUACUAUUUUUUUAACAAUUCAUGUGUUGAAUAUUUUAUCAAUAAAUUGGUUUAUUGUUUGGUCCAGAAAAGUUAAAAAUGAAAAAUAAAUGAUGUAAUAAGUCCUCACAUAUGAUAGGCUUGUUUGGAAUUUUCUG